UAUGCUAAAAAGAAGCAAAGCUAUCUAGCCAAGAUCUUCCACUUGCACACAACAUUCUUCCUUGCACCACUCAGCGAGCAGCUAGCAAACACAAGCCUCUGGUAAGCUCGUAGUGCAAAGCAUUGAUCAUGGGAGAUGCGCUGUGCGAUCAGCUCCUCGUGGACGUCGACGGCGAGUUCCAGCUCCCCACCGACGCCGAAGACUUAUUCAGCAUCCUCGAGACUUGGGAGGACUGUGUGAACGGCGCUGCGGCAGCGUUGAGCCCCACUGCUGGCGCCGGCAGCGGUGGUGGGCUGCUGGGCGGUUCUGCGCCGGGGAACAAAGGCAGCAGCAAGCGGCGAGCGCGGCAGGGCGAAUGUGACGGAAUAUCGCAUGAGCAUAAGAGGCAGAAGUGCUCGCCGGAGGAGGGAGGCGGCGCGGCACCGAAGACGGCCCACAUCACGGUGGAGCGCAACCGCCGGAAGCAGAUGAACGAGCACCUGACCGUGUUGCGGUCGCUCAUGCCUUGCUUCUAUGUCAAGCGUGGUGACCAAGCAUCCAUCAUAGGAGGAGUGGUGGACUACAUCAAGGAGCUGCAGCAAGUGAAGCAGUCGCUGGAGGCCAAGAAGCAGCGCAAGGCCUACACCGAGCACGUCCUCAGCCCGCGUCCACCGCCGUCGUCCUACAGCCCACGCCUCCCGCUCAGCCCGCUCCACAAAUCCACGCCGCCGCUCAGCCCACUGCUCAGGUCCACUCCGCCGCUCAGCCCGCGGCUCGCCGUCCCGAUCAGCCCUGCCAGGACGCCGCCCACGCCAGGCAGCCCCUACAAGCUCCGGCCCCUGCCGCCGCCGAUUUCCGGCUCCACCUACGUAUCCCCGGCGAUGACGCCUACCGGCUACGAACCGGGCUCCUCCUACCUCCCCUCGCUCGACGCGAUCGCCGCCGAGCUGUCAGUGUACGCCAACAGGCAGGCGCUUCAGCUGCCACCGACUGACCUACUCCCCGACGUUAGGGUGGAGUUCGCCGGCGCAAACCUGGUGCUGAAGACGGUGUCGCACCGCGCGCCGGGGCAGGCGGUCAAAAUCAUCGCCGCGCUCGAGUCACGGGCGCCGGCUCUGGAGAUCCUCCACGCCAAGAUCAGCACCAUCGACGACACCGACGUCAACGCCUUCACCGUCAAGAUUGGAAUCGAGUGCUCGCUCAGCGCGGAGGAGCUGGUGCAAGAAAUUCAGCAAACGUUCUCAUAAACGUUUAGCUAGUUAUAAGGUCCCCGCUUCGAGUUAAACUCUUUCUUGUGUUCCCAACAGGGUUGAAUCUCGUCGAAUUGAAUGGUGAAGAUGCAUGCAUUGUUACGCAUGCAUAGGUUUGUGCAUGUGUGUGUGAGUGUGUCUAUUAUGAUCGAAACCGAGAAUGAGCCGGGAACUUGAAUGGUCGUAGUACAGCAGGUGGGUACUCUAGCUAUAGCUAACUAGCUAGCUAGCUAGAUCGAUCGUUUUUUGUGCUACCUGCGUACGUAUGUAAGUGCAGUUGCUGAAAGAUCCAUUUAGUUUCACAACUCA